UUUAUAAAAUGAUGUUGCUUUUAGUUCAUACAUUUUUUUAAAACUAUUGCUGUACUUCAAAAAAGCGCUCUGUAUUAUUUACUAAAGUGUGGGUAAUGAAAAAUAAGAAGGACAUGGAAAAUGGAGAUGUAAACGAUGUAAUACUCAGAUCUCGUAACGACAACAGUUUUUCGCGAAGGUGGGCAAGAUGUAGCAAAAACGAAAGGAAAGGAACUUGUUGCAUUUUGGGAUUCGCUAUUACCGUAUCUAUUGGCGUGGGAGUCUACUUUUUUCUCUUUUCCGAUAAAAUCGUGAUCUGCAAAACCUCAGAAUGCCAUGACGCUUCAAUGGAAAUUUUAAGUUUCAUUGACGAACGAUACAAGCCUUGCGACGAUUUUUAUAGGUUUGCUUGUGGCACUUUUUUAAAAAAUAACUCUUUUGAAGAUCCAUUUAUGAUGCAAUCUGUUAAGCUGCUCAUGGAAGAACAAAUACAAUUAGACAUCAAUAAAAUGUUAGAAGAAGACAUCGAUAAAGACGAUUUAGCUUCAGUGAACCUCGCAAAAACCUUUUACAAAACUUGCAUGAAUCUUCCUGCCAUAGAAAAAGCAGGUUUAUCGCGUUUGGAGCAACUCUUUAAACAAAUAGGGGGUUGGCCAAUUUUAGAAGACGACGAUAAAGAAUGGGAUAAUUUCGUUUGGAGUAAAGCAGCAGGAGUUUUAAGAGCUUUUGGUGUUAAUUUUGACUUCUUUUUCAAUGUCACUGUUGAAGUUGAUAGGGAAAAUCCCGAGAGAUACAUCUUAGGAAUACACGACAGGUUUUUCAGCCCUUCAAAUAUUAGUACAAAUACAAAAAUAACAUUUUUGAAUUAUAUGUAUGAGGUUGCUUCGCAGUUUAAUGUGAAAACGAAAAAUCUUCGUCAAGACUUAAACGACGUUUUAAACUUUAUGGUGGAGUUGGGAAGGAUUUCGGAUGUGGCAAAACAAUACAAUAAAACCAAUUCGUACAAUCCGCACAGUUUAACUGAUUUAUUUGUAAAUUAUCCAACAAUAAGAUGGGCAGAAUUCCUGCAAAGUAUUCUUUUGAGUACUACUCAAUUAAGGCUAGAUGAUAUAAUUAAUGUUGCUGACCCUGUCUAUCUUCAGCAGUUGGAGACCCUUUUAAGUCGCACUGAUAAAAGAGUUUUGGCAAAUUUUAUGGGUUGGCAUCUAGUGCAAUCUUUAAUAAAUUAUCUUCCAGCCAGAAUCCUGGAUAAAGCUUAUGAUUUUUUGAGAAAGGUCAAUGGGCAUUUUUACAGAAAGCCUAGGGAAGGUGUUUGUGUUGAAGCAACUAGGAAAAGAUUAAGUGCUCCCAUCAAUAUAGGCUACAUUGAGAGGUAUUUCGAUGAAGAUACCAAAUACAAUAUGACGAUUUUAAUUAAAAAUGUUAAGCAACAAUUCAAAACGAAUCUUCUAAUGAUGAAUUGGCUCGACGAAGAAACUAAGAGAAAGAUAAUGAAAAUGUUAAUGUCAAGUCUGACGAAAAUAUACUCGGACAUGGAUUUUUUGAAUUUGCUUCAUGAAAUUUCGAUUUAUGAUUCUAUUCAUAUAAACGAAAACAAUUUACUUAAUGCAGUAUUGGAUUUAGAUUCGAUAUCUUGGGACUUACACUUUGGACUGUUAAGACAACCUGUUAAGGACGAUUGGAUGAAAACUGAAAACUUUAUUAGCGGUUUAAAAGUGAUUUAUUCUCCUUCAGAAAAUACUCUUAAAUUUCCUCUAGGUCUCUUCCGAGGUGUCUACUACAACAAAAAUCGUCCAGAUUACAUAAAUUACGGUCUCCUAGGGAGUAUGCUAGCCCAUCAAAUAUCUCAUAUUUUUGUGGACGCAGAAGGUGCUAAAGUUCCAGAAUCCAAAGCGGCUGAACAAAGGCUUUUUAGUAAGUGGUCGGCUGAGAGUGUAAAAAGGUAUUCAAAAAAAUUGGAAUGUCUUUCAAAUCAAUAUGCCCAAUUUGAAUUAAGGGAUGUUGAAAAUAUACGAGCUAACUCUCAAAUAACGAGAGAUGAAGAUAUUGCAGAUUUAGCUGGUUUAAAAAUUGCUUAUGAUACUUAUGUAGAAAAGGAGUGGAGAUAUGGACGGGAUCAAGCUUUACCAGGGCUGAAAUACACACCAAAACAAUUAUUUUGGAUUUCAAGUGCCUUACAAUUUUGUUCAAAAUAUCCAGCGCGUUACUUGAAAGACAAAUAUUCUGGAAAUCGUUAUCAUCAUUCUCCCAGUGAAUUUAGAGUGAAUGGACCACUGCAAAAUUUGGAAGAAUUUUCCAGCGAUUUUGGAUGUCCGUCUGGUUCCUAUAUGAAUCCAGAAAAUAAAUGUUACAUUUGGUAGUAGUUGAAUAAGAUUUAAUAUUUUUAUUAAAAUUUCUUUUUUUUUUACCCAAAGUAUCGUAGCUAAUAAACCCCCAAUAUCAAUCUUCAUGAUGGUAGAUUUUUGGUCGUG